AAUGUAAUACUACACAUGCUCUCAUUACUCAUUAUACUGUACACUGUGUAGUGUGUAGUCAAUACAAGACUGCUGUAAGACGGAAUUACAGAAUCUGGUUAGUGACGUGCGUGAUUCCUUUUUUGAGGUUACAUACUGAAAGAUUAUAUUUGCUGUGAUACGAAACUCACUGCGAAGUAUACCAGUUUCAACGUACACACACACACAUUGACAAGGCAAAACAGACUUCAACUGCAACCUAACAAGUUCUUCGAGCAUCUGAUUUUCCAGCAAAUUUAUCAAAAUGACUCAAGUUACCAACAGAAAGCGAGGACGUGAUCUGGAAGAAGAUGGUACUGAGUUCACACCACUCAGUAAAAGAAUAAAUAAUAUUCACAUAAACAAUAUGCAAGGGAUGCAACAGCAAAAUGCAUCUUUGAAUAUGCAGUGGAAUAAUCCAAAUUUAUCACCAAAUCAUUCUCAGGGAUCCUCAUCAAGCGAUUGCUACAGUCCAAGCCACAGCAGUAAUUCUAUGGAAUAUUCUCCAGAUUUAAAUGCUCAACAAAAUCCGCAAUAUUAUGAAAGCAAUAAAAUGUUGUUUAAUUUGCACAUGGAACGAUUACAAAGAAGAGUCGAUACUUAUUAACAACUGUAAAAAAAACGUGAUGUACAUCAAGAAUGUAUGCAUUUAUGAAGAUAUAAAUGAUGUCUGUGUGAGUGCGAUAAACUAGAUUUUAAACUCUUCAGUAAAUAUCAAAUUUGUUUCGAUGAAUUUAUUAAAAUUACAGUUACGAUUAAAUAGAAAAAAA